AUGGAGGACUACGAUUUUGUCAUAAUAGGUGCCGGUGCAUCGGGUAUAAACGCAGCGCACAAGGUCCAAACGGAAUUCCCAAACGCCAAAUUUACCGUGCUCGAAGCGCGAGGCACAGUCGGCGGCACCUGGGACUUCUUCAAAUACCCCGGUCUUCGCUCAGAUUCCUAUCUCACAGGUUUCGGCUUUAGGUGGCGACCAUGGAGCGAGGAGAAGGAGAUCGCGGACGGUGCUACUAUACAGAAUUACCUCCAAGAGUCUGUUGAGGCCGCAGGCAUCGACAAGCACAUCCAGUUCAAGCACAAGGUCGUAGGCGCUCACUGGUCGUCUGCCGAGAACAAAUGGACCCUGGAAGCAGAAAUCAAUGACGGAGAAGAGAAAAAGAGAAUCAGGUCCCAAUUCGUCCUCGCAUGUAGCGGCUAUUAUGACUACGAGAAACCGUUGCAGGCCGAGAUCCCUGGGAUAUCGAACUUCAAAGGAACCGUUGUGCACCCGCAGUUCUGGCCCGAAGACCUGGACUACUCCGGAAAACGAGUGGUCAUCAUUGGCUCAGGUGCGACCACCGUGACUAUCCUGCCUGUUCUCGCGAAGACAGCAGCAAAAGUCACAAUGCUUCAGCGAAGCCCAAGCUACGUUAUGCCGUUGCCAGCGGCCCCUCGUCAUAUUUUUGCAUUACGGAAAUUAUUGCCCAAGAGAGUGGCGGACACAAUGAAUUUCUGGAAGGACGUUCUUUUUCAGACCAUUGUCAAAACCUUUUGCUUCACCUUCCCCCAGUUCGCAAGGAGGAUGCUCAUCAGAGCGAUGGCCAGAGAGCUCAAAGGCUCAGGCAUACCCGUGGACCCGCACUUCACGCCAAGAUAUACCCCAUGGACUCAGCGACUGUGUGUCUGCCCGGACGGCGACUUCUACGACGCAUUGCGAGGCGGUAACUGCGAGGUAGUGACGGAUCAUAUUGACAUGGUUACUGAGUCCGGUAUCAAGACCAAAUCAGGGAAGACCAUCGACGCCGAUGUGAUUGUCACGGCGACGGGCCUCCGCCUCCUUAUCCUCGGCGGCGUGGAUUGCACCCUUGAUGGGCAGCGCUUCAACAUCGCGGAAAGGUUCGCCUGGCGCAACUUCAUGCUGGAGGGUGUGCCCAAUUUGGCCAUGGUGAUUGGGUACACGGACAUGAGCUGGACACUGGGCAGCGACGCGUGCCUCCGGCUAUUGAUGCGAGUCAUCCACCACACGAAGAAGAUUGGCGCGGUAGCCUUCAAGCCCGUUGUCCAGAAUAGGGAACAGAUGAAAGCCGAACCCAUCAUCAGCAUGAAGUCUACUUAUUUCAUGGUUGCACGGGACAAGUUGCCGAGGAAGGCUGCGGUCGACCCCUGGAACGAGCGCAAGGGAUAUAUAUCCGAAUCGUGGUUCGCAAAGUUUGGCUCAAUCAGCUCCAUCACCAAAGGGUUGGAGUUUAUUUUGGAUUCCGAUAGUGGGGGGUAUACAAAUGGAAGUGCUAAUAGAGCGGCCAACGGUGAGGUGAAAGGAAAGAAUACGAAAGGCUACAUGAAGGGGUUUACAAAUGGCCAUGCUAACGGACGUGCGAAGGCGGAUUGA